GUCAACUGUCAGAAUAAAUGUCAAGACUUGUAAAUACUGCUUCGUCCUAAAUAAUAAUAUGUACUCAAUACCCAAAAUUUCUAAAAUUUAUACAUUUCUGUUAAUCUUAUAGAUAAACAAAUACAUUGGAAAGUGAUACCAUAGAGAUUUGAAUUCAUCGUGACAUUAAGUAAUCUAAUCAUUAUGAAUGUUGAUUGGUUAUACAAUCCGAAAAUCAUGAGCAAGACGCGAACGGCCGGUGACGGCAUGGAGUCGGAGGAAUCUACCUCCGAAACGGCACAAAAUAGAAGAAAAAACAAUGAUCCCAAAGAUACCGUGGUACCUGGACGAUUAAUACAAAUUUACCCUUCUAACGUUAUAACAUCGCAGAAAACUAAAUCUAUUAAUGUGAAAUCACCUAAGUUCGUUCCAUAUGAACCUUACCCAGGAGCAGUGAAACCAAUAGUGUCACAAACAGUGAAGAAAUCCAAGAAAUCUAAAAACAACAUGGAUAUAAACACAUUAAUAUCUCAAAUGUCUCAAAUGAACACAAAUUUAAAUGAGUAUAAACCUAGACCAAAGUUGAAUUCAGUCGGUAGCAAGUCUCUCAUUGAAGGGGAACAGAUUAGUCCAGAGAAUGAGGAAUUGCAGAAAAAAAUUACCAGUUUGAUGCAUGAAAAUGACUCCUUGAAGGAACAACUAAAGCAACAAGUUCAGGUAAACAAAGAACUGAAGACAAUGUUGGUGGCUUCCAUGGGAGAGGACCUUGAAACUCAAGUCCAGUCAUUGAAUGAAGACAAAAAGCAUUUAGCAAAUGCUUUGCUUAACUCAGCUCAACAUUUAUCUACCCAUCAAGAGCAAACGGAAUGGCUAGCAGGUCAAUGCGAAGUCUGGAGGAGCAAAUUCCUUGCAAGCAGUUUAAUGGUAGAAGAAUUGGCAAAUUGCAAGAGACUAUUGAACGAAAAAACCGAAAAUUUACAACAAGCAAUCAAGCAAUUAUUGGAUGAAAAAUGUAGAGUGAGAGACAUGCAACUCUGUACUUACAAAAACUUGUACAGUCUUCAUGAGAAAUGGUUGGAAAAUAUGGCAAUAUCUGAAUACUCUGGUAGUAGUAUGUACAACCGUCCUAUUGGAAAUCUCAAUUUUAAUGCAACAAUGCCGCAUUCCACAAACAUUAUAGAUUUGGCAUCUGUUAAUUUGAAAUUAUCGGAAAAUAUUAGCAGUUCGGUUGAGAAACAAGAUGUCAGCCAUUUGAACAAUCUUCCAACUAUGACAGAUGGAGAGAUGAAUGCAGAAAAUGUAAUGGCAAUGCCUUUAGAAGUUCGAAGGGCAAUGAGGUGUCCGUAAAUGCGUUGGUUCAUCACGCCUACACCAACACUGGGAACACAGUGCGUCCAGUAGCAUCCUGUAUGCACUGCAACGGCCGCGUACAGUUAUUAUAACAGUCGACAGUACAUACUAUAACAUAUUGGUUGUGUAUUUCCAAAAUAUCUCGGUUGUAUCAAUAUUUGUAUUAUAUAGAAUUGUAUUGUUA